AGCGUCACUGUCUAUCUGAGAGGAGACAGGAGAGGAGAGCUCCGGUGCCGUUAAUGAAGGGCAGUGGUACUGUUUGUAUAGAAUCAGUUUCCUUCCAGUUUAACGGAACAAAGACGGGUUACAGGAGGAAGUACAUCAUGGGAAAGAUUCCAGGGCAGUGCGGGUACAGCAGCCAAGGAGAACACAGCUCAUGUGUUGACGUAAAUCAGGGAAUAUAACUGUUGACUGCAAAAACCCCAAAACACGUCGGGCCACUCUUUCUCCAUCUCCACCAUUUUGGUUGUCAGUGAUGGAGCACAUCCGGACGCCCAAGGUGGAAAAUGUGCGUCUCCUGGACCGAUCGUCAGGACAGAGAAAGGCCAGCAUUGGGAUUCUCUACCUUUCUGCCACACACACCAUCUUUGUAGAGAACAACCCUGAGACACGCAAGGAGACAUGGGUGUUGCACAGUAUGGUUAGCAGUGUGGAGAGGCCACCCACCAUCCCCACAGGAAGUCAGCUGAUCCUGCGUUGUAAGGACUUCCGGGUCUUCCAGAUCCUCAUUCCGCAGGAGAGAGACUGUUUGGAUGUCCACACCUCAUUGGUCAGAUUGUCACGACCAGAGAAGUACAGUGAGCUGUACUGCCUGUCCUUUAAUCCCAAUGUGAACAAAGUGGAGAGAGAAGAGUCCUGGAACUUCAUAGACCUCAUGGAUGACUACAAGAGGAUGGGAGUUCCUAAUAACUUGUGGGUUUCUACAGCGGCCAACAGUGAAUACAGGGUGUGUGAUACGUACCCAUCAGAGCUGUUUGUUCCAAAGUCGGCCACACCUGCCGUCAUUGUGGGCAGCUCAAGGUUCAGGAGUCGAGGACGAUUUCCUGCUCUAUCCUACUUCCACCAGGAUACACUGGCAGCAGUGUGCCGGUGUAGUCAGCCACUGUCCGGCUUCAGUGGGCGCUGUCAGGAGGAUGAGAUGAUGCUGCAGGUCAUGAUGAAGUCCAACCCUGGCAGUGACUACAUCUAUGUGGUUGACACCAGGCCCAAGCUGAACGCCAUGGCAAAUCGAGCAGCAGGUAAAGGCUACGAGAACGAGGACCACUACACCAACAUCAAGCUGCAGUUCAUUGGCAUUGAAAACAUUCACGUUAUGAGAAGCAGCCAGCAGAAAAUCAUUGACGUGGGUGAGAUGCGAUUUCCAUCCAUGACUGAUUUCCUGUAUGGUCUGGAGAACUCUGGUUGGCUCAAACAUAUUAAAGCCGUACUGGAUGCUGGGCUCUUCAUAGCCAGGGCGGUUGCUGAUGAAGGUGUCAGUGUGUUGGUUCACUGUUCAGAUGGCUGGGACAGGACAGCCCAGGCGUGCUCUGUAGCCAGUAUACUGUUGGACCCGUACUACAGAAGUAUCAAAGGACUCAUGGUGCUGAUAGAGAGAGACUGGGUUUCCUUCGGACACAAGUUCUCCCACAGGUACGCCCACCUGGACGGAGAUCCUAAAGAAGUGUCUCCUGUCAUCGAUCAGUUUUUGGAGUGUGUGUGGCAGCUGUCCGAGCAGUUCCCAUGUGCCUUUGAGUUCAACGAGCGCUUCCUCAUCGCCAUGCACACACACAUCUACUCCUGUCAGUAUGGGACCUUCCUGGGCAACUGUCAGAAGGAGCGCAGGGAUAUGAGGCUUCAUGAGCGGAGUCAUUCUGUGUGGCCUCAGCUGUGGAAGGACAGAGCCGAGUACACUAACCCCCUGUACAAGGCCGAGCAGAGCCAGAGUCAGGACGUCCUGAGACCCAACACCACCCCCUACUGCUUCAAAAUGUGGAAGGGUCUCUAUAACCACGUGGCGAAAUCAACGCCUCCUCGCCAGUCACCUGCCGACUUCCUGUCUGCUGUGAUGGAGGAGUCCCAUCAGCUGGAGGAGGAGCUGACCAAUCAGCAGGAGAGGAUAGCAGCACUGACAGGGAAGCCAAUCACGUGGGAGAAGACCAUGGUUCCGAGGAGGAGGACUAGCCAGCUUCGGCCGACACACUGCGGGCCGGACCCGCCCACCACCUACACAGACCCAAUCACCAGCUCUGCACAGGACAACGGUCACGCACUCUCCAAGGACCCCCAUCUCACCCUGCCUCUAGGGCCGCACCCCCAUCCUGACGGCCUCGCCAUCUGCAGCGACCUUGAAUCGGGCGUGGCUGACCUCAGCAGUCGCUCGUCCAGCGGUUGGGACGACGGCAAGGACCCGGACUCGGACGAAGCUGUCUUCACUAAUGCCUGAGUGGACAAAGGGAACCCUGCCGCCUGGCUGGAAGGUGAAAGAUGAAAUGACUUAUUUUACCGUAGUUCCCCAAAAUAUUGAUUGAAACACGUGGAGGGGAGCGGAGGAUGAGUUAAAGAUGAAUACUGACUGAAAACCAGUUGAACUUUAUUUCUUGUCUUCAAACUGUAGUUUGUGUCAUUCCUUCUCAGUUUAAAGAGAGUCUCAGUGAAUUAGGGAGAAACUUCACUGGCUGUUUUUCAGUUCAGAUUUUUGAUGAAGGCACCGAAAUACUUUUUAUUUGGCAUUAAUUCAAUUAAAAAAUGUUGUUGCAGAAGGCCAGAAAGCCUGUUUUUGGAUGCGAUUUUUAGGUGGGCUCAAUUACUAUCAUUUGUACUUUGUUUAAGGAGUGCACUAUUACUGCUGUGAGAUGGAUAGAUGUUACAUGAAACCAUCAACCAACAAUCUGAUGAGAUACUAUAACACUUUCAGAAAGUAGAACAAACAUAUUUAUUACGUGAUUUCUUCAACAAACACAUCUCCUCAAGCAAAUCUAAAAAUGAUUUGAUGAAAGAUUUACUGAAGGAUUUAUUUAUAACCAGUCUCCCCUUCUGUGUAAAAUAAUAUGCGUUAUGAUACUAGUAAUACAAGUAUUUCCCCCCAGGUACUUCUUUGUAGGGCCAUCACACAUUUUAACUUCAGACACAGUGGAAGAAGCAGAUGUGUGUGUGGACAGAACUAUAACUACUAUGACUCAGUACGAUACAAUGAGAAGCUUAUUCAGAGUAGCAUAAAUACUAUUUCUCUUAUUUGUUCAUGUAGAAGACAGCAGAUUCAUGUUUCCAGUGAGUUUGAGGAUUUUCAGAUGUGGACAAUCUGCAGCCUCAUUGGAUCAGCACCUUCCUCCCAUUUGAAGCUUUACUGCUAAAUGGAAGAACAGAGAGAGUUUGAGCUCUGUAAAUUGUCGAAUGUUCUAUUGUGUAGUCUAAACACUGGGGGGCCAAUGAGCCGACAGGUGAAACCAUGUCUUCAGUUUCACUCAAGUCUUGAAUUAUUUCUUCCCUUGUAACUUUUUCUAGGACUUCUCCAAACCCAGAUUACUAAAUGUAAAGUCGGCCACCAGGGGUCAGUGUUUAACAACCAGAGAGUUCAGAGAUGAACAGAAAGGAAAGAAUGGAUCAUCCAAAGGCUCUUCUCAAAAAUACAAGUUUGCACUUCCAGCCAUAAAGGAGAUCAAGGAAAAGGUUUACAGUCUGAAUGCUUGAACCAGUUUGAACUAUUUGUCAUUACCAGGAAUAGGAAUCAACAAGAACAAAAUGUGAACAAAAAUGUUUAUUUAAAGCCUUUCUUUAGUUGUUUCAGUGUACUGUCAACAUGCUAUCACUGAUGUAAGAAUAUUUAUCCUCCAGUGAAGUUUGUCAGAUAACUGAUGUUUCAAAUGUCAUGAAUCGUAUGUUUGACUGACCGAAUUUAGUUUGCAUCCUUUCAGGUGAUCUGUAACUUUUUACAUUCCCAUUUAGAUGAAGUACCAACAGCAGGAACUCUGUGGGAAAAUGUCUAAAGAGUUUGUUUCAUGGUCUCUACUGUGUAAUUCCAUAUGAUGUGAGAGGUGACCUAUGGCAGCACAUUAUGUUAGUGUAUUGUGAAGCUGGCAGUGAAGAGCUGCUGUGGCUCCAUGUACGCCAAAUCACAUGCUGAGGGACAGAGAGCACCAACUUUAGCGCAGAAGUCCAAUUCAGGUUUUAAGAACAGUCUUGGAAAUCACAUUCACACGACAUUCAUAAAGCUGACAAGUAAAAAAAAAAACUCAUUUUUUGUCCAUGUUUCUACAUGGACAAUUGCCCUCUUUCAAUUGUUGGCAAUUUUUUAAGUUUCCCUUUUUAAAACUGAAGCAGUAAAAAACUGAAUUUCCAUUCGAUAUAAGGUUAAAUAACCCCCAGUCUGUGAUAACUGUCACCAUGCUGCUGUGUAUGUGACCACACUGACUAUCUUGAACCAGUUUGAAGAUCCCCUCUCCUCAACCUGAAUGCUUUCUGUAGCCCGUGGUGUGUGUGUGUGUGUGUGUGUUCUGUAUCCAUUGAUGUAAAUAGUGUACUGUUAAAGGGAAAUAAUUGCAACAUACUGGUUCUGAAGUAUUAUUCAACGUGACAUGAAAAACAUCAGCGCUGCUUCCAAUAACUAACCCUCCCGGUACCACAGCAUGAGAAGAGGCUCACACUGAUGAAGUCGGUGGAGAAAAGCUUCGUUACCUGCGUACUUGACAUGACAAAGUAUUAGGGGCGAUCCAAAUGUUCCAUGUGCAGCAAAACGUGUUGCACUUCUCAGUACUGAACUUCUUCUGAACAUUACCCGAACAUUUCCAAGUAUGAAUUCCAAAUCAGACUUACAUUUAAACAAUUCAGCCACUGAAAACAGGAAAAACUCAAAUUAAAGAUUCUCAUUACAACAUACUGAACAUCUGUAUAUUUCAUGAAGACAGCUCUCAUGGUUGUUUUUAAGAAUACAUUUACUGUACACUUCCAUUUUGAAUAAAUAUGAUGCAUCAACA